GUGAGCGGAGGGGCGCGCCAGGCCUCCUGCCCGGAGGGCCUCAACUACUGCGAGGCUGGGGUCGCGGAGCUGAGAGCGUUCGAGCGGGGCGGGAACAUUGCAUCGUUGGUCAAGGCCCAGGACCUUCUGCUCAAGGGGGUCGAGCGCAUCUCGGACGUCUUGCCCGAGGGGCGCGAUUUGGACGGCACCGAGUGCGAGACGCUAGGUGCGGAGUUCAACCGCUUCGUGGAGAUCGCGGAGGAUGCGCGCGUGCGCAUGCGGACCGAGUUGGAAGCGGCAAGGAGGCCAGCGGGCGGGGGGCAAGCGGUGGCAGGCGAAGCCCAGGGGUCGGGGCCAGGCUUUGCCAGCCCGGCGACCCAGGGGCAGAAUAACGAGGACGAGGCGGAUGCGGAGAAGACGCCGCCAGGGUUCGACCCCGAAGCCGUUUGGACAGAGGAUGCGGCGGACGUGCACCAGUUCGACAUCACGGCUGACCUGCGCGAGGAGCUGGCCGAGAAGCCCGAUGGGGGCCCGGCCGCCGCCCGUGAGUCCAGGGAGGUCCGCGCUGCACUCGGCGCCGAAGUUCUUCCCAUCCCGUAUUUUUUGAUGCUUGUGCAGGGUCAGCCGAUGGCCAGCAACGCCGCCCUGGACGAUGUUCGUGCUAUGAAGAGUCGCGGUGUGGAGCACGCGCGGCACCGAGUCAUCGAUGAGCCCGACGAUCCCGAGGUGCAGGACAACAUCGACAGGAUGCGCCGCGAGGCCUGGGAAAAGCACGAGGAGCGGAGGACAUGCGCCCGUGGCCUGGACACGCGGGGCAUGUUCUUGGGCCGCGAACUGGUGUGCGUCAAGCUGAUCAGUGCCGGCGCGGUGCCCAUGACUCCGAACGAGUUUUUGAAUGCGGCGUCUAAGAGGCGCUGGGGGGGCCGCUUGCGCAUGCUCGCGCUGCGGGAGCAUUGCCAGACGUUGUUCAAGGAGCUCCCGGAUAAGGCAGCGCAGAAGUUUUCGCCGAAUCAGCUGGGGGACGACGACGGACCAUCGAAAGCGCUGGUGGGUUUUAUCAAUCACCACCCUGGCGAGGUGGUGGAGCUGGACGGGUGCAGAACGCAGUGCUGCCUUCGCAAGGUCGCACCAGGCAUUGCCAGUGCCGCGCAAUUCGAGAAUCCACAGUUCUGGUGCGUGCAAGGUGGUUACACCGUGGGGCGACGCCCGGAGGGGCGGUGCGAGCACGGCCGGCGCGGGUCCGAGCUCUUCGCCAAAGCCGUCGACGCACAGGCCCAGCGCGAGGCCGCCGCCGUGAACGAGGGCGAGGACAUCAACCCACAGGUCUACAUGCCCGCCUGGGCCCGCCAGUGGAGCAGGGUAUGCGUUCCGUGCGAGGCGGUCGAGACGCACGAGUGGUGUCGGCAGAGCCCCGUCACGACGCUGGGGGAGCUCUUCUGGGACUUGGGCCGGACGCACACGGCCAAGGCCAUCUACGCCUUCUACAGGGCGCUCCGGCUGGUCGCGUUGAAGAGGGACAAGAACAGUUCCACCAAGGCGAGCAGUGCGCCGGGCUUUGUCAGCGCAUCUCGGCCAGCUGGGUCGGCAGCUACUUUCGGUUUCACAGGGUCCGACCUCCAGGCGCCCCGCAUCCGCGCAGAUUACUCGUGCCCGGCGACCGACCGCGAGGUGCUCGCGGAGGACUACAUAGAGGCGGUGGGCUUGUCCACAGCGUACGUCAGCUCCAAGACCAAGCAAGAGUUGCUGGACGAGGCUGCGAAGUGCGCGACGUUGGUGUUGCUUCGGGACAUGCGCCCGCCGUGGCUGGAUCACGUGUUCCCCCAGGCCAUGCCAGGGGAUGGCUUGUUGUCCAAGUUCACCAGCGUCGACUACCAGCUGGCGGGUGUCAUCGCGCGCCCCCUGUAUGAGUGCACGCAGAUCGUCGACGCCAGCACUGGAGCAGCGUGCAUGAACGUCGCGUCGAUGUCAAGGCUUUUGCGGGGCACCGCGCGUCGGGGCCACUACGCGUGCAAGGAGUGUGCCGAGAGGAAACAGGGCGCCGAUGAGACGCCAGGCUUUCCCAGUGUUGCCCCUCGCGCCCUGCGCUUGCACCCCGCGGUGUUCGGGCCGGAUGGCGAGCCCACGCCGCUUCGCGCGAUGACGCCCCAUCGCGCGUUCGCGCACGCGCCCCCGGAGAAUUGGAUGUGGGACGUCGAGCGAGUCCAGCGCCACGUGGUGACCCAGGCGAACCCCGCGAUAUCCGCGGCCACGCCGACAUGGUACACUUACAACGCGGAGGAGAGCAAGGCCAUUUGGAUCGCAUCCAGUGCGUACAAGGCCACGCCGCCGAGCAAGACGU